AUGCUAGUAUUCUCCCACGAAAAGUUGUGCCUAGUGUCCAGCGUGUGCAUAGCCAGUUGGGACAAGUUAUUUCGUCUUCUCACCGCCAACUCCUCCUCCUCCGGUGCUCCAACGCCUGCCGUCGUGGCGUCUGCCACGCACAUCAACACCGUACCCAAUCCACCACUGUAGACACCAGAAGUGAGGAGCAGGAUUACACCUGCCCGCAUUGCGACCACACUUUCACCUCACGCAUCGGCCUGGUCGGUCGCUUGUGAAUCCAUCGCACAGAGACUGGCGAACCAGUGCCUGGAGCACCAACCUACACCCACCGCACUCGCCUCCACUGCCCACACUGUCCUCGCACUUUCACGCAUCCCAUGGGCCUAUUCGGCCACAUUCGCAUCCACGACGACCUGAGAUAGACAACCGCCGGCUACACCACACCACCACGCCCUCCCUGUCACCACCACCACCACCACCACCACCACCACCACCACCACCACCACCACCACCACCACCACCACCACCACCACCACCACCACCACCCCACCACACAUCAACACUUACACACCGCAAGCACCCAAAUGCCACUUCCCACGCAAGUGGGAAGUGUGCACCUCGACUCGGUCUCCGCGCGGCCUCUGCUGCACGAGUGACUUGA